AUGCCCGCAGCUAACAACAGCAGGCGCCACGUAACGGACGUUACCGCACUCGGGCUACAGAAAAGAUACCUUCCGCGGAAACACUACGCUUACGUGCUGAGAGUGACGUGGUCUGAGGGAAGUGAACACGUGAUCUAUCGGCGAUUUUCCGUUGUACACGAUUUCCACAAUGAGCUGGAAGAAAUGUUCCCACUGGAGGCGGGUGUCAUCGAUGAGAAGGAGCGUAUCCUUCCGCGUCUUCCCGGAAGAAUCCUGUUAGGAAGAACACGAACACAGAAAAUCGCAGAGAAACGUCUUCUUCACGUCGGCAAAUUCUGCAGGGAACUGAUCGCCCUCCCACCGAGGAUAUCCAGAUGUAAGUUCGUCCUGCGCUUCUUUGAAGCCAAAAGGGAAGACAUCAAUCCUCCUUCAGAAGACGGCGCGGAGACAACGAGAUCAGCUUCGAACGCCACGGACUCGGAGUCGGCCGAGCCGGAACAGUACCGAGCCAUCGCCGCCUACCAGUCCUCGGACGAGACGGAGAUCAGCCUGGAGGCCGGGGACACCGUGGACGUCAUCAAGAAAAAUGAAAACGGGUGGUGGUACGUGUGGAUCGGUAAAGACGAGGGCUGGGCGCCGGGGUCGUACCUGGAGCCGAUCGACCACGACCCGCAGAGGGACACGGUCUUCAUGGAGGGGCGCUCCUCCGCCUACAUCACCACGCAUGCGUACUCCCCACAGAUGGAGGACGAGCUGCACUUCGAGAAGGGUCAAAGGGUAGAGGUCAUCAUGAAGAACUUGGACGGCUGGUGGCUUGUGAGUAUCGCCGAGAAGCAAGGCUUUGCCCCUGCCACCUACCUGAAGAAGGUGAAUAAGGUGUCCCGCCGGUAUAAGAAGGACGUGAGACGGCCCAGCUCCACGUCCAGCAGUAGUCAGGAGGAGGAGAUGAAGGCCCUGGGGCUACACGAUAUCAGCUUCAUCCUACCGGAGCAGCUCGAGCAUGCAGCGCCUCCCAGAAGAUGUUCCAUCAUGGAGGUAGACGGUCGUCACAAGAAGCCAUCCAACCGCCGCUCGGGGGUCAGGUCUCUCUUCAUACAGGACCCGAUCCCGGAAGAUCCAGAUCAAACAGAUCAAAUCCCACCCAAUACUUGAUCCUAUUUAGGCCCCUUGAGAUAAGGCCAUACCAAUUUAAUUUGUUGGUUCUCAGAUUUUUUCAGAAAUAUAUGAAGCGACAGGGCGAAAAAAAUAAAAAUAAAACAGAUCUAGGCAUCCUAUUAUAGCCCCAAAUGCUACAAUAGGAGCCAUGAAGCCAACACAAGAGGCUGGGUUAAUAUUUAAACUAUGAAUUUUGAACUUUUAAU